AUGUGCUUUGUCUUUCGGUACCCCCAAAAAAUGGAUUCAAAUGAUGAUUUGCCGUCAUCCGAUGAUAGUGACAUCGAGGUGACAUCCGCUAUCGACGAAGAAGAAAAUGAACUUGUUCAAAUUGGUAAUAACCUGUGUUUAAACUCGGAUGAUAGCGCUGAUGAUGACAUGAAUAUACAAGACAAUUCAACAGUACAAUCUUAUCCAGCAGUCCGAGUAUCCGAAGAUGAUGAAAAUAAUGAUAGUGACCUAGAAGAUUCAAAAUAA